GAUCAGGGCGGAUUCUGUGUUGUGAUGAGAUCUGAAUCCGGAUUGAAAUGGUUCCUAGAGUAUAUUGGAGUCCAGGUGUCACAGUUCUGCUCCAUACUCCCCUGUCAUCCUGCCUCACACUCACCUGUCAGCCACUCCUACCUCAGCAGCUCAACCACACUCACCUGCCCACACAGCUGCAUCUGCUCUGUAAUCAACUCACUCAGUAUCUAAGUCUCACAUCCACUCACUGCCCGAUUGUUCUCCGCGUCAUGCCAGAUUUUCCAGCACUCACCCUCGGACUGAUCUCCUGUUACCAACCUCGCCUGCCCCGGACUCUUCUGCCUUGUCUCUGCCCCGGAUGGACCACUUUUGUUAUGGAUUAUUGAUUAUUGUCUUUCUGCUGCCGAUCGACCUUUUACACUCAGUUUACAUCACCGACAACACAGAUUCCCUCCAUCAGGUGCUGUCAGAGUUCGCUGUCGUUCGUCCAAUCAGGACCAACUCAGAGGGUCGUUUCCUGUCGGCUUCAGUCUCCGCCCACCAGCUGCCCCGCAGGAAACGACACGCCCCCUUCACACAGGACACGCCCCCUGACACAACCGAUGGCAGACAGACUCAGACAAACAGGCCCCCACUACAGCAGGCCCCGCCCACAGAGGCGUCAACGUCCAACCAGACACGGCGUACCUGGAGGGGGCGGGGCCAAGGGGCUGAGGAGGCGGAGCUUUUCUACAACGUGACAGUGUUUGGUCAGGAGCUGCACCUGCGUCUGCGUCCCAACAGUCGUCUGGUCGCCCCGGCCGCCACCGUGGAGUGGUGGGAGGAGUCAGGACACACUCGCUCUCAGCCAAUAGGAGACGCCAGCUGCUUCUACACAGGAGAGGUGUCCAACAUGGAGGACACGUCCAUCGCCAUCAGCAACUGUGAAGGGCUGGCCGGGAUGAUCAGGACGAGUCAGGAGGAGUUCUUCAUCGAGCCGCUGGAUCCAUGGAGGACGGGAAGAGAGGAGGAGGAGGAGGAGGAGGAGGAGGAGAAGAGAGGAAGACAACACAUCGUCUAUCGCUCCUCGGCCAUCAUCAAGAAACAACCGGCUGUCAAUCAAACAGCUGGUGACUUCCUGCGAGGUCCUCUGUUAGGUUCUCUGGACCUGAACCAGAAUAUGAUGUGGUCCGGAUCCAGAUCAGCUCGACGAAGGCGCUACAUUGAAGAGGCUGAACUGUUCACCAUAGAGGUUUUGUUGGCUGUGGAUUAUUCGGUUCUUCUUUUUCACGGUCGAGACCACAUUCAGAAAUAUCUUCUGACACUCAUGAACAUAGUUAAUGAGAUCUAUCAGGAUCAUUCUCUGGGCGCCAACAUCAACGUGGUUCUGGUCAGAAUCAUCAUGUUGUCUCCAUCAAAGUCCCAGGAGCUGAUCUCUGUGGGGAACCCUCAGAAGAGCCUGGAGAACGUUUGUGGUUGGUCGUAUAACCAGCACCGGGAGCAGAAUCAGGCCGAGCAGCACGACCACACCAUCUACCUGACCAGGCAGGAGUUUGGCCCUUCUGGCAUGCAGGGUUAUGCCCCUGUUACAGGAAUGUGUCAACUGCAUCGGAGCUGCGUCCUCGUCUUUGAAGACGGGUUUUCUUCUGCCUUCGUAGCUGCCCAUGAAACAGGACACGUGUUAGGGAUGGGGCAUGACGGCGAGGCCAAUGACUGUGCUGACGACGUGCCGUUGGGCAGCAUCAUGUCCCCGCGGGUUCAGGCCACCUUCCAUCGAUACCACUGGUCCCGCUGCAGCUGGAGGGAGCUGCACAAGGACCUGCACACCUAUGACUGUCUCCGUGACGACCCGUUCAACCACGAUUGGCCGGCUCAGCCUCAGCUGCCGGGGUUUCAGUACUCCAUGGAUCAACAGUGUCGCUUCGACUUCGGACCAGGAUACAGCCUCUGUACUGCAUACACAACCCUUGACCCCUGUAAACAGCUGUGGUGUAGCGACUACAACAACCCCUUCUACUGUAAGACCAAGAAAGGUCCUCCGCUCGAUGGGACAAAGUGUGGACCGGGGAAGCACUGUUUCAAGGGUUUCUGCAUGAAGUUGACCCCUGACCUGCUGAGACAAGAUGGCGGCUGGGGAACAUGGAGUCCGUUCGGCAGCUGCUCCAGGACCUGUGGGGGCGGAGUCAGGUUUCGGGCCCGGCGCUGCGACAGUCCGCCUCCAGCCAACGGGGGGCGCACCUGCUUCGGAAACAGUUAUGAGUUCCAGAUGUGCAGCCAAGAAGAGUGUCCACCUCUGACUGACUUCAGAGAGGAUCAGUGUAAAGUCUGGAAUCCAUUUAUGGAACAUGAAGGAAUCAAACAUCACUGGCUGCCGUACCAACACCCCGACCCUGACGAGCGCUGUCAUCUGUACUGUCAGUCGAAGGAGACGGCGGCGGUGGUUUCCAUCAACAGAAUGGUGCAUGAUGGGACGCCGUGUUCCUACGGCGACGCCCACAGCGUCUGCGUCCGAGGAGAGUGUGAGCAUGUAGGUUGUGAUGGACAGAUCGCUUCAGACCAGCAGGAGGACCGGUGUGGAGUCUGUGGAGGAGAUAACUCCAGCUGUAAGAUCGUCAAAGGGAACUUCACCCGCAGCACCAAGAAACAAGGUUACCUGAAGAUCCUGGAGAUCCCCAAAGGAGCCCGACAUCUGCUGAUCCAGGAGUUUAAAGGAACUCCUCACAUCCUGUCGCUGACGAACCAGGAGACGGGCAGCCUCUUCCUCAACAACGAAGACGAGCUCCCAGAAUCCAGAGCGGUGAUCGAGAAGGGAGUGGCGUGGGAGUACAGCAACACCGAGGAGCAUGAGUCCAUCCAGACCACCGGGCCUCUGAAAUACGGAGUCCUGCUCAUGGUCCGUUCCCAUGGAGACGCCAAGGUGACGGUGUCCUAUAAGUACGUCAUCCAGGACAGUCUCCGGUCCUCGCUGGAGUCCAACCUGGUGCAGGAGGACGCCAUCUUCUACGAGUGGGCGCUGAAGAAGUGGUCGCACUGCUCCAAGCCCUGCGGAGGAGGGAAACAGUACACAAGGUUCGGCUGCAGGAGGAAAGCCGACGGGAAAAUGGUUCAGAGAACGUUCUGCUCCAACAUCAACAAACCGAGAGCCAUCAGCCGCACCUGCAACACCGACACCUGCAGCUCACCACGCUGGGUGACGGGGGAGUGGGAGGACUGCAGCGCCACCUGUGGUCAGACCGGGUGGCAGCGCCGCUGGGUGACCUGCCAGCAGAUGUCCAGCAGGGGACAGCGCUCAGUGCACAGCAAACUCUGUGGUGAGGACCGGCCAGAAGGGAAACAAACCUGCAAUCGUUUACCCUGUCCUGCUUCCUGGAGAGCUGGGCCCUGGACCCCGUGUUCAGUAUCAUGUGGAAACGGGACUCAGGAGCGCCAGGUUGCGUGUUUGAGUCCUGAGGGUUCAGCCCGUAACUGCAGUGACCCUCCACCAAUCAAGACCCGCACCUGCCAGCCUCACCCCUGUAGCGGCGACCAGAAGAACGCCAUCAUUAAGUGGCUGUCCAGGUCCAACCCAGACUUCCCAGCUCCGAAGAUCUCCUCCAGGCAGCGUUGCCGUGGUGACCGCUCCGUGUUUUGCCGGAUGGAGCAGUUGAGUCGGUACUGCUCCAUCGCUGGUUACCGUCAGAUGUGCUGCAGGUCCUGCAGCGAGGGAAACAUCAGCAACUCCAGCAACUCCAGCGACUUCAGCAACUCCAGCAACUCCAGUGACUCCAGCAGCUCUUUCCCAGUGACGGCCACCAGCAGUUCCUGGAGUGUAACCACGGAGACGAUGACUUCAGCAUCCGCCUCUAUCGGCGACAUCACCAGUGACAUCACCAGUGACAUCAGCAGGCCGCCUCCCACCAUGACUGUGUCUCCGCCCCCGACCAGCAGGAGCAGCACCGACUUUGUGUACGUGGAUUACGAAGAUUACAACGAUUACUCAUCCUACGAGGAUCCUUCUAUUCCCUCAGACCGUCCUGCUAUCAGUCCAACCACUACCACCACUACUACUACUACCACCACUACUACUACUAGUACCACCACUACUACUACUACUACUAAUACUAAUACUACCACUACUACAAGACGACCAAGAAAAACUGCUCCCCCCAAUUUAUUCAAGAGGAAAACUCCCACAAUGCCCCCCGUGGUAACAGCUGAGGGUCAAAGUCCAGCCCCGUCUGCCGUCCCAGAGUUCCUCAGCACCACGACGUCAGCUGACCCUGAUGACAUCAUCACCGCCAUGUCGUCACCGAACCGAACGUCAGAAGGGAGGAGCCUUCAAACAGCAGCCGAACCUUCGCCAACAUGGUCAUCCUUCUUCCCGCUCCCUAAGAAGGAGAACAACUCGGUGGACGAGGUGCCGUACCGGAUCGUGGGAUUGGACGGAGACGUGAGUAGAGGACAGAACUACUUUGUGCCGCGGAUGCCUCCGACCCGUGAGCGAACGCAGAACAAACGGAUCCAGCAGCUCCUCAACGAGAAACGACGAAAGGAUCUUGUGAGGAGAACCAACCGGAGCAGAGAAGGCCGGACUGAUGGGAAACAGGGAUUAUAAAAACACAUAAACAUUUCUGUUUUCUUUUUAUCAUUCACUCGUGAUGACGCAUGUGCAGCUUGCUCACUUCCUGCUAACGCUAACGAACUCUUAACGAGAAACAGACUGCAGAGCCGACGAGACAAAGUUUACAGACAAGCUGAAGUCCAGACGUGAUCCUUAAAGGUUUAACUGUUGAAACCAGAACAUUCAUGAUGUAACAAAAAAUCCUGUUUCUCAAUAAAGCAAAGUCUCAUCCAGGCGCUGAUGUCAACACGA